UUAUCUUUUUCUCUAUUUAGUGCUCAAAUCUUGUCCAUCACAGUGUUGGUGACAAAAUUAAAGCACACCUUCUGCGUAGGUAAUUCUAUAUCCAAUGCAUUACGGGUCAUACUCAGUUCAUGACAUAACCUUAUAAUUUAUAUUUUGAUUUACAUUUAUCAAUCGUUACUUUUAAUAACAUGGAUACUGAAGCGAAGAACGUUAUACGUGUUGGUUCAAGGAAAAGUGAGCUUGCUCUUAUUCAGACUGAGCAUGUCAUUGAAUCAUUAAAAAAGGUUUACCCUGGUAAAGAAUUUACAAUAGUUACUAUGACUACACUGGGCGAUCGGAUACUAAAUGUAUCGCUUCCAAAAAUUGGUGAAAAAUCAUUAUUUACUAAAGAUUUAGAAGAUGCAUUGAGGAACAAAACUGUGGACUUUGUGGUCCACUCUCUAAAAGACCUUCCCACAACAUUACCUGAUGGACUUACUAUAGGAGCAGUUUUUGAGAGAGAAGAUCCCAGAGACGCAUUAGUGCUGAAGGAAGCCUUCAAGGAUUCGUCGCUCGCCUCCUUGCCCGCCGGAUCCGUAAUCGGUACAUCUUCUUUGCGUCGCACUGCACAACUGCGAGGUUCCCACCCGCACCUCUCAGUAUUGGACGUUAGGGGGAACCUCAACACGCGGCUGAGGAAACUGGAUGCGCCCGACGGGGAAUACUCCGCGUUGCUGCUGGCAACCGCCGGCUUGCAGAGGAUGGGCUGGGCGCAUAGGAUAUCUAAGAUAUUGCCAUGUGCUGAGAUCAAAUACGCUGUCGGACAAGGUGCGUUAGCUGUGGAGUGCUCUGCAGACAACAAAGAUAUAUUGUCGAUGCUCGCGCAUUUCAACCACCCGGAGACCUAUUGUAGGGUGUUGGCUGAGAGGAGUUUCCUCAAGACCCUUGGUGGUGGAUGCAGUGCACCAGUAGGAGUUUCUACAAGACUGAAGAAAGUGGACGAGACAUACAAGUUAUCCAUAACCGGAGCGGUGUGGAGUUUGGACGGAACCACAAAAAUAGACCAUUCCCUCGAGCAAACAUUCGCACAGAUAUGCAGAAAUACAAAACACAAACUGAGCCCCACCGUGGAAGUAGAUAGUAAAAAAAUAAAGACUGAUGAUGGUAACAAUGCUCAUCCGAUUAAUUUAGUCGAAGAAUACAAUAGGAGAAUAUCUGAACAGACCGGUGAUUUAAACUGCGAAGACACAAGGAGUGAAGCUGAAAUCGAAGAGUUGAAGCAAAAGCCCAAAAUAUUCUGCGGUCUGAUUGAAAAUUCCAAUAUUCCCAUAGAUGUUAUAGAGAAAUGUGAUAGUUUAGGUAAAGAGUUGGCCGAAGCUCUCAUCGACAAAGGUGCUUUAGAAGUAAUGAAAGUGACACAGGAUUUAAUAAGAAAUACAGCAUCCGUGUCAUGAUUAUUGUUUAUUUUUUUAUUUAUAGAUUAUAAUGUUUAUCUACUGUUAUUGUUGUAUAGUUAUACUAAACAAUGUAUAGUGCCUAACUAAUUGAUUAUGUUUAUGGGAUAUUUUCAUAGUUGUUUUCUUGACAAUUUUAAGUACUUAUCAUGGUAGCACUGUUUAUUUAUGUUGAAUAAAUUGUUGGAAUUUGUGGAGG